AUGAAUGGUCAGCGGGGUGAUGACUUGGACGAUGACUUCGUGCCAGAUGAGCUCGUAGCUACUUCUGGCGAGGAAGAUAAUGGUCCAGGAGACGAUAUAGGCGGUCUUCUCAGUGCAGAUGAAGAUGCCGAGGAAGUGGCCGUUGAUAUCAAGGAGAAAUCAGCGACAGACAAGAAACGCAAGCGGAGGGAGAAGGAAAAGGAGCGCAAAAUCAAGAAGAGGAAGUUGGCAGAAACAGUGGAGGUUAUCGAACCUAUUUCAGUGGCAGCGCAACCUGCUCACAAACUCGCAGACUAUGUGACAUCCAUGCAAGCCAAAGCUUUCCCUGCAAUGUCUGGGAUAGAACUCGGUGACGUCUCGAUCCCCGAAUCAUCGAUAGCGGAUACGACGAUAUGGACGGGGUCGAGAUCAUUAGACAACCUGGUUGAAUUCAUUAUCACAGUUCUUCCGACAUUACACACCCGAUUGUCGCAAAGGUCCAAAGUUGCUGGAGCUCCAACCCUGCUGUUCAUAGCUGGAGCCGCACUUCGGGUUGCCGAUGCGACCAGAGUUCUCAGAGAUAAGAAACUGCGUCGUGAGAAGGGUGCAGAUGUAGCAAAGUUGUUUGCGAGACACUUUAAGCUGGAAGAGCACGUUUCUUAUCUCAAGAGGUCAAAAAUUGGUUCUGCUGUUGGCACUCCUGGAAGAAUCGGGAAACUACUAUGUGAAACUGACGCCCUCUCGGUGUCUCAGCUCACACACAUUAUCCUGGAUAUCUCAUAUCGGGAUACAAAAAAAAGAAGCUUGUUAGAUAUCCCAGAGACUCGGGACGAAGUAUUCAGAACUGUCCUGGGGGCGCCGAAGGUACUCAAGGGCCUUCAAGAGGGAAAAAUCCAACUGGUGCUUCUCUAG